CAGAAAACAAGAGGACUGAGUUUUAGGAGAGGGGGAGAGAGAGAGGCUUCGGGGCCUCUCCCUUGUUCGCUCGAGGGGUGAGAUCCUUUUCGUGACCGCGAAGGUCGCAGGCAACGUGCAUGCGCAUGCCCAAUCAAUUGGACGCGCAAAUAUUGCAUUCGCGCAAAUGUUGCAUUCGCGAGAACGGAUGUGCAUGCUUAUCGCGAUCUACGCGACGAGGCGACGCGCGAAUAAACUGCCCUCGUCGGGGGCGAUCUCCAGCAGGGCGUGCAUCGUUAUCGAGGAAAAUGAAAUGCGCAGCUAUUUCGUCGCUGUAUUUCGCCCGCCACCCGCUCGUGCGGUGAACGCAGGCGGGAGGACGAGGCGAAUGAGACGUCGGUCCCUCGGCCCGUCCGAUUCGCUUGCGCGAGAGGAGACGAGGCGAGACGAAACGCUAAGGGCGAGGGCGAGGCCGCGGGCGAGGGCGCGGGCGCGAGCGAGGGCGAGGACGAGGGUAGCGAGGAGGUAAGGUACUCGGGAGAGCGUGGCUGCUAGCGCUAGCGAGGCGAGGCGAGGGCGAAACGCGAAUCGAUCGUCACCCGCCAGCAGCGUCCUGCGCGCUAAUCGCUAUCCCGGCGCUAGUAUUCGCCCGUACUUUGUUCUCGUCGGUCCGCCACUCGCCAGCGUCGCGGGCUUCCCCCGAACCGCCGGGGGUGGGUACGAGUUGGCGAGAGGAAGCGAAAGAAGCGGACGACGGCGACGGCGACGACGACGACGUCGAAGCGAAGGAAGCAUGAGAGACGAGGUGAAGAUGGACGCGAACCGGCUGAUCGCCGAGGUCUACAAGCGGCCGGCGCUCUGGAACCAGAGGCACAUCUCCUAUCACAAUCGCGAGGUGACCAACCGCGUCUGGAUGGAGAUCGCGGCGAUAUUCAAUCUGCCCAAGCCGAUGCUGAAGGCCAAGUGGAAGGGCCUGCGUGACACAUUCCGCGCCGAGCUGAAGAAGGACCAGGUGUACCGCAAGAGCAAGUUCCACCGGAACCGGCCGGUAUGGAUCCACUUCAAGAGCCUGCAGUUCCUCAAGGAACAGAUGCUGCCGCGGCCGCCGAUCUGGGAGCGCAGCAUCCCGAAGACUGAGGACGAGCUGCAGCAGAGCGAGGGCGAGGGCGAGAACGGCGUCCCGACGUCCGGCAUCGACGGCGGCCUCGACGAUCGGGACGCGAUCGCCGACCAUCUGCUGUCGAUGGCCGGCGACGGUGGCGUCGGCCACCGCCAUCACCACCAUCACCAUCAUCAUCACCAGCUCAAGCUGGACGGCGGCGACGGCCGGCGCGGCACGGUGGACGUGAAACGCGAGCCCGAGGAGAGCUUCGACAACCUCGAGUUCCAGAGCGUCACCGACAAUCUCGCGGAGAACGAGAUGAUGCUGCAGAACAUCUCGCCCGAGCAGGUCCUGAUGAGCGACAGCGACGGCGGCGUCGGCCUCACCGGCGUCGAUCCCCUCGAGGGCAGCUGCCGCUUCGACGACAACUACUACUUCCUGAUGAGCCUGCUGCCGCAUAUCCGCACCUUGCCGGCCGACCGCCGGAUGCUGCUCAGAAUGCAGAUGCAGGAGCUCGUUUACAAGGAGGUCUACAAAAAGUCCGCCGACGCCGAGCAGACGGCCAAGACUUAACUUAAGACCGCGGGCUCCCGAGACUCUUCUUUUCACGCCGCGACCGUGUCGCGUCCGCGCAAACGCGUCGGAGAAGCGAGGAAUCGCGUCAAUUUUCUGCCCGCGUCCAUGCGUUCAAGUCAAUUGGCUCUUCCUCGCCGUCAUUCGGUCUCGUAAUUCAGUGUGGCCGCACGAAGGAAGCGGGAUCCUCGGUGUUCGUAAACCGUUCCUCAAGGAAUGAGGAGUCCUCGUCUAUGUGAACGUACAGGGUGUUCCAGAAAUAAGACCGUCAAAAGGGCGUUCUACUGACAGUAAAAUUACGAGACUCGGCAACUUUUCUAUCCUGCAAUCAACCCGCUUGAAAGUUUGUCAAAUGGGAUAGUAACCUAAGAAUGGAAGAAAAAGGACGCGAUUCCAGACGCAAGUUCAUAUGACUUUUCUUUAAAAUUUGACCACUUAUUUCUGAAGCGCCCGGUACAAACGAAAAAUCCCUAUUCCUCGAAGAGCGACCGCAAGUCUUCGGGAGUCGGAGCAUUUUAUUUACUUCUUUUCCCACGCAGCGCCGAUCGACGUGUGGUCGAAGACCGAAUUCAAAACGUUGAACGAAUUACGGGUUUCAGGGUGUCCAGUGGUCAGGGAAAUCUGGAAAACCGAGAAUUUUCAGGGGAUUUUAAAAAUCUGGAAAUGUCAGGGAAAAGUCAGGAAAUUUUACGGUUUAUCUGGAUUUUUUACAUCGUUUCGCAUUUCUUCUGAAUAAUUUAAAGUUUUUAGAAAAUAAAAUCUUUGGCUCUCGGUACACUAGUUUUCCGUUUUGCUAAACAUCAAUUUAUUUAUAAGCGUGGUCGGUAAUUUAUAUUUUCAUCGUCGUGUUAUUUAAUUUCAAUGCGUUCAACCGAGACAAAACUAUAAAAGAAGAUGAAUUACUAAACAGUACUAUCUAAGUAAGUUACUAUCUAGUAAGUUGCAAACAAAAUGCAGUUAAGCAAAACGAAAGCAUCACAUAUGAUUCCGGGUCCUAGAAAACCUGAAAAAGUCAGGGAAUGUUUUUCAUUGAGUUUGCUGGACACCCUGGGUUUCCUCCUCAUGUAUUCGCGGGUCGGAGCGUGCUCGCAGACAAGGCCAUUCAUCUAAUCUUGAUAGGAAAACAAGAAAAGGACCAGUCCCUUGGUAGCGCAAUAUUUGGAAGUAAUGCAAUCCUUUCCCAACAUUGUCCAACAAUGUACCGUCAUUGUAUUCGCGUUAUAUCGGGAAGUCUUGGCCGAUGCGCUUCCAGUCUAAAAUCUAAUAUCAUAUAAUUAUUGACGCAACAUUUGCACUUAUUCUAUAGUCAACAUUGGCUCAAUAUUAGCUGCGUUCGGCAUUGUAAGGCUGAUGGCAGAGAACGAUCCGUAAACGCUUAAGACUGCUUAGUCGUAGACGUAAGGCAAGGCAGAGAAAAGCUUGAGUCGUGAAAGUCUCUU